UGUCGGCCGCUGCAUUCAGGUUGUCCUCUCGUGCUUGACCGCAAAAUCCGUACGAAACAAACCAAAAAGCACAAAAUCGAAGUAAAAAAUAUGUCGUCGACCUCAACCCUCCCAUCCAUCUCCAUCUGCCGCCAACAAUAACAGCAGCAGCACCAGGCCAAACCCUCGCCGGCUUUCGUCCGUUUCCGUGUCCCGUUCGCCGCGUGUUUCAAACCCGCCGGUGUGUGCCGUCAGUGGAGUUUGGUGAGUUGCGUGCGAUGGAGGAGGAGUUGCGUUGUCCGUCGUGCAAACAGUUCUACACCAACCCCGUCCUGCUGCCGUGCUUCCACGCUCUGUGCCUCAGCUGCGCCGUGCACCUGCAGCAGCCCGCCCAGAGCCAUGGCGCCGCCGGCGCCGAGAACGCCGAGAGCGUGGCCUCCGGCAGCUCCGGGGACUACCAGGAGAGCGACAAGCUGUCCAUCCUGAGCGAGACGGACAGCGGCGUGGUGUGCACCUCGCGCCCCAACAGCUACGUGGGCACCCCCAGCGGCGGCCUGUUCCCCAGCGCCCUGAGCCUCGCCUGCCCCCUGUGCCACAAGCUGGUGUACUUCGACGAGAACGGCGCCCACAACCUGCCCAAGUACCGCGUCAUGCAGGCGAUCGUCGAGCGGUACAGCGAGGUCAGGAAUCUGACGCUGAAAUGUCAGAUGUGCGAGACGGAGCCGGCGAGGGAAGCCACGGUGAUGUGCGAACAAUGCGAGGUGCUUUACUGCGAGACUUGCCGCGAGUCCUGCCAUCCGGCGAGGGGGCCCUUGGCCAAGCAUGUGCUCGCGGAACCGAAGCGCUGCUCGGGGACGAUGCUCAGGAAUAGGGAUGAUAAAUGCACGGAGCAUUCCGACGAAAAUCUGAACAUGUACUGCUUAGUGUGCAAGAUUGGUGUCUGUGCUUUGUGUUUGAUGGACUCGAGACAUGCUUCCCAUGAUGUCCAAGCGCUUGCCGUCAUGUGCAAGACUCAAAAGACUGAAUUAUCUCAUAACUUGCAACAACUGUCUGAGCGAGCCCGAUCAACGACAGAAUUCAUCCAGCGUCUCAAGGGAAUGAGCGAUAAAGUUAAUGAGAACUGCGAGGAGUUCGAGGCAAUGGUAUCAGCUCAAUGCGAUGCAUUAAUCGAAGCCAUUCACCACAGACGCGCUCAACUACUCGAAUGCAUUCGCCAAGAUAAGGAGCUAAGGGUUCGAGCUUUAAAGGAACAAGUCACUACCUGCACAAGUAGAUUACAGCAAACUACGGCUUUACUCCAGUUCUGCAUCGAAGCUCUAAAGGAAACAGAUAGUUCAGCGUUUCUUCAGGUCGGCUCAAUGCUAAUCAGCCGAGUGGCAAACACCGACCAUUCCUGGCACAAGGAAUGGACAGCUCCGCGGGUCUCGCCUCAUUUCGAUCUCACUUUAGACGAUAAGUCCGUCCUCAGAGCGAUUGAUCAGCUCAACUUUAUUCAAAUGAAACCGUACAUUGAUGGAGAAGAAAGAAUGCCUGCAGCUCCGACUGCACCAACAAUCAUACCCGAAGAAUGCAGUGCUGAAAAUAACUCGGUCACAGUGGCGUGGCAGCCUCCAGCUCAAAGUCACGUCGAGGGUUACGUUUUAGAAUUGGACGAUGGGAACGGCGGUGAUUUUAGGGAAGUCUACUGCGGGACUGAAACAAUAUGCACAGUAGACGGGCUUCAUUUCCACUGCAUGUAUAAUGCAAGAGUCAAGGCGUUUAAUAGUUCAGGUGAAGGGGAAUAUAGCGAACUUAUUGGGCUACAGACGGCUGAAGUUGCUUGGUUUACGUUCGACCCGAUUUUGUCGGGCCCGGGCCUCCAGUAUUCCGAAGACAGUGCCACGGUAACCGGCGAGGGUUGGGAGCACAGAGUGGCGCUAGGUAGUGUCGGAUUCAGCCGCGGGGUGCACUACUGGGAAUUCACUAUAGACAAGUACGAUGCUGACACUGACCCUGCGUUCGGUAUUGCGAGAAUAGACGUGACUAGGGAUAAGAUGUUAGGUAAAGACGAUAAAGGUUGGGCCAUGUACAUAGAUCGCCAACGGUCGUGGUUCCAACACGCUGGAGGGCACGAACAAAGGGUCGAGGGUGGGAUAACGGCGGGAUCAACAGUGGGCGUACUUUUAGAUUUGAAUCACCACGUUUUGUCAUUUUUCGUUAAUGAAGAACCGCAAGGAGCGGUCGCUUUUAGGGAUCUGUACGGGGUGUUUUAUCCAGCUGUUAGUAUUAAUCGGGGGGUUAGCGUCACCUUACACACGGCCCUAGAUCCGCCAUCCGACUGCGAAGAAACUUGAACUGACGCACAAUAAUCAUAAACGUAUACUAAGACACAAUUCGAGAGCGUUUUUACGAUGAUAUUUUUUUUAAAACAAAUAAUUAAUAAUAUCAGCACAAUGGUGCUGAAUUUGGCAUAUCUAUCAUUUUGGAAGCAACUGAACAAAAACUUGCCUUAAUUUUUUAGUAGACUUGUGACAAGUGACACAGCAAAGUGCCCUAAAGAUUACGAAUAAGUUAGAAGUUAAUCCUCAGAACUGAUAUUUAGCGAAAACCAGACUAGGUAUUUUCAACGCAUGACAUUUUGGUGGGUUUAAAUUGGUGUUACACCCUGUAUAUCUUCCACUAAGCAACUUAACUGCUAGCUAUAUAUUAAACUUUUAGUAUUAUAGCUUGUAAUUAGUUUCUCAAAUUAUCACUUUCCAUCUGUCCCAACAGUGCUAGAACGAAGUAACUAUUACGACCGCCACGUGAAUAAUAUUCUCCAUUAAUGUUCAUUAGGUGUAUCUUAUAAACUAAUUUAUAUAAAUAAAUGUAAGACGUUUAAAGUUUGAGCUAGUAUAUUUAAGUAUCUAUAAUGUUGCGUCCUUGCACCGUUGAGACUUUGCAUAUAUUAUGUUAAUAAUUUAAAUAAUUAUACUAGAACUGAACGAAUUUAUACAAGUUUAGUGUUGUAAAGUACAUAUCAUAAGGUACAUUAUUUCCCUUUCGUAUCUUAAUAAUCAAUAAAUGAUUGAUGUUUUCGUCACACUAAAAACAGUUAAUCUUCGUAGUAGACCCGUUAACCACUAAUGUAAUUUGUUAUGCUAAGCCAGUUUUCAUUCCUUGUAUUCCAAAAACACAUUUGUUUGUGGAAAUGUUGCAAAUUUCGACGAGUUGUGGUUAGCAGGUCCAUUACGAGUGUUAAACAUCAUAACUCCAAUAUAAUUUUCAGUAUUUGUAUAAGGGGAGACUUGUAAUGCUAAUCUGUAAGACUGAUAUUUCACUGUAUGGAAUGUUUCUUGUUUUAAAGAAUUAUUAAUUAUUGAUAAAUUAGUGUAUUUCUUUCGGUUUUGUCAACUUUGAGUUGUAAAAUAUGUUCUAGUCGGAAUUAAAUUAUAAAUGACCAGCGCUCAAAUCUUGUGUUUUUCUGAUUUCUUGCCAUCGUAACUUAUUUGUUAAUAGAAUUACUUAUUUAUGGAAAAAGUACUAAAACUUAUUAGUGUUAUCACUUACACUUGUAUAUACAUUUGUAUAAUAAAGCGGCGAAAACCGAA